AUGUAUUCCACCCUCAACCGCGCCCAAGCGGUCUUCGGCUUCUUCACGACAGUAGCUAUCUUCGUCGCUGGCUUUGCGGCGCUCUCAGUGGUCUUGUUCCCUACCGAUGGAGUGACCUCGAAAGUCCAGUUAAAAGAUGUCAAAGUAAUCAAGGGCCGUCCGCAUUACUACUCGGCCAAAAAAGAAGAAUACGCGCAAAUGCGAUUUGAUUUGGAUGCUGACCUCUCCCCCCUCUUCAACUGGAACACAAAACAGCUCUUCGUCUACGUCUACGCCUCCUACUCUUCCUCCGACAAGGAAUCCUCCCUGCUCCCAAACACCCAAUCCAUAAUCUGGGACACGAUCAUCGAGGCCCCCGAAUCGCCCUACUCCUUCUCGAACCUCCGGGAGCGGCUCUUCCCCACCAAGUCUUCCUCCUCUUCUUCACCCCGCAAAACAAAGGCAAAGAAGAAGAAGAGCAGCACAUCUUCGUCGUCGUCAUCGUCGUCGAAGAAAACCAACAGUAAAACACCUGCUGCUGCUGCUGCUGCGCCUGGCGUCUUGAAGCUCCGCGACCAGAAGAGCAAGUACCAGGUUAGUGAUAUCACGGGCCGCCUGGCGGAGCGCGCCAACGUCACGCUCUCCGUUGGGUGGAAUGUCCAGCCUUGGGUUGGGGCGUUGUGGUGGGCGCCAGGGUCGGGCACUGUUCCGCAUACUGCGGGGGUGGUUGGAGAGUCGAAGGCCUUUGGUUUUCCGGCCUUGAAGGGGUCGAAGCCGAAGGAGGCGGCGGCGGGGUCUACUUCGAAUCCUGUGUAA